AUGAUUUCGGGCUCGAUUUUAACAGCAAUUUUAACCGUAAAAUCCUCAAAAAGUAACUUUUAAAAGUAUUUUUAACGACAUUUGAGUGUGCCAAGAUGAGUGCUGCGCAGGGUAGUUCAUCGACAAAUCCCACGGUGUCCGUGCAAGAGUUUACGAUCCGUGUGCCGAAAAAUUUGAAGAAAAAGCAUCACGUAAUGCGCUUCAACGGCAAUCUAAAUGUCGAUUUUGCACAGUGGAAAAACGUAAAGAUGGAACGCGAAAAUAAUAUGCGCGAAUUCAAAGGCGUCGAAGACGAUUCGCCCAAAUUUGGUGCCGGCUCGGAGUACAACAAAGGUCUGAAAGAGGAGUUGCGACGUCGGAAAUUUGGCAUAAUCGCGAAACGCUAUCGUCCGGAUGCGCAACCGUGGAUUUUGAAGGUUGGCGGCAAGACCGGCAAGAAAUUCAAGGGGAUUCGGGAAGGCGGCGUGAGUGAUAAUGCGGCCUUUUAUGUGUUUACUCAUGCGCCAGACGGUGCCAUCGAGGCAUAUCCGCUCUACGAAUGGUACAACUUCCAACCGAUUCAGCGAUACAAAACGCUGUCGGCCGAAGAUGCCGAACAAGAGUUCUCGAACCGAAAGAAAACCUUGAAUUUGUUCGCUUUGAUGUUGCGGAAACGCUUGAAGGGCGAAGAUGACGACACUGCCGGCGACUUGGACGAUGAAAAUGCCAAAAAGGGCGGCAAGGGAAAGAAGAAAGACCUCACAAUCAGCGAAAUGGACGAGUGGAUCGACAGCGAUAACGACAGUGAUUCCGACAAAAGUGAUAAGGAGAAGAAAGAUCCCGACAGCGAUGUCGAAGUCAACAAGAAAAAGAAAAAUGCGCCGAAGAAAAAACGCAAAAAUGACGUUGAUGACGAGGCAUUUGAGGAAUCUGACGAUGGAGAUGAAGAAGGUCGCGAAUUGGAUUACAUUUCAGACUCGAGUGAAGCAGAUUCGUUGCCAGCUGUGCCCGAAGACGAUGAUUUGCAGAAAAAUCUGGAGUCAAGUGAAAGUGAGGAGGAAGAGGAGAAGAAAUCUGGAGAAGAAUCCGAAAAAUCGGACGAGGAAAAGAACAAAAAGGAUGGCAAAAAGGACGAAGGCAAGGAAACGAAAGACAAGAAAAAGAAGAAGAAACAGAAGAAAAAGGCGGGAGAUGAUAAGAAAGACUCGUCAAGUGAUUUUAGCUCGGAUAGCAGUGAUUCUGAUAACGAUAACAGCAACAGUAAGAAGAAGAAGAAAAAGGACAAAAAUGGCAAGAGUGGCAGCAAUUCGCGUUCUGGUUCACCAAGUUUGUCACAAGAGUCAAACAAACGAAAAGGAUCAAGUAUGCCAUCAGAUCUUACCUCUGAAAACAGUAACAGUCCCGUGUCGACUCCUGCGAAGAAGAUGAAGUUAGAUGGACCGAUGAUUCCACCCACUUUUUCGGGAGUCGUCAAUUCCAAAGACGAUUAUGGCAUCACUGAAGACGCUGUUCGUCGUUACUUGAUGCGAAAACCGAUGACAACCACGGAACUCCUGACAAAGUUCAAGAACAAAAAGACUGGCGUGAGCAGUGAUAAACUCGUUGAGACAAUGACACAAAUUCUGAAAAAGAUAAAUCCGGUGAAGCAAACUAUCAAGGGCAAGAUGUACUUGAGCAUAAAAGUGCCGAAGUAGAGCGACUCAUAAUUUUUUUUAGGAAAAUUUGAAAAAAAUGAAU